GCGACAGCACAUCUCUCAAGUUACCAAGUUUCAGCUACAGAGGAUUUUGACUCUAUAAGCAGUGUCCCUGGUGUGAACAUGGCCACCCUCCUGGUCCUGUUUCUCCUCCAGCUCCUCUCUGGUCCUGCCUUCUCUCUGACAGCGCCCAGUCAGGACUACUGGGGAGAGUAUGGCCCGUAUGGAGCCUGCAGUCGCACCUGUGGCACUGGAGUGGCUGUGAGGACUAGAAAAUGCAGCACAGCAAGGACAGACGGAGGACACAACUGCGUGGGGUCUUCCAAGUCCUACCGCACCUGUAAUCUGCAGGAGUGUCCUGCGGGAUCCAAAGACUUCCGUGAGGAGCAGUGCUCCCAGUUUGACAGGUCCAACUUCCAGAGCAAAAGCUACAGCUGGCUGCCCUACUAUGGAGCUGCCAACCCGUGUGAGCUGAACUGCGUCCCACGAGGACAGAACUUUUUCUACAGACACCGGCCCACCGUGGUGGACGGGACCCCCUGCUACGUGGGCCGCAGGGACAUCUGUAUAGAGGGGGUUUGCAGGGCGUUGAGCCAUGGGGAAAUUCUGGGGAUGGACCAGGACACGUCCUCUCCCCAAGUACUGGCCCCCGCCCCCCGCCUCAGGGAGAGUCUCACCUACGCCUACACCUAUGGCGUGUACUCCGAGUGCUCCGCCCCCUGCAAUGGAGGUAUGCAGAUGCGCAGCGUGCAGUGUGUGGUCCAGGACUCCACAGCGCCCCAUGUGGUGGACAACUCUUACUGCAUCAACCAAGGUCUGCAGAGGCCAGCCAGCCAGCAGGCCUGCAACAUGCACCCCUGUGCAGAGUACACAGUCUCCAGCUUCAGUGUGUGCUCGGUGACGUGUGGGGAUGGGCAGCAGACCAGGGAGGUGUUCUGUGUCGGGCCAGCAGGAGAGCGCAUCGGGGAUCAUGCCUGCCAGGGCCUGACACGCCCACCAACCGUCCAGGCCUGUCGCAAGCCGGCUUGCCAGACACACAUCAGCUGGCAUGUCACAGAAUUUGGACUGUGCUCUAGGAGCUGUGGUGGAGGUGUGCGGGAGAGGAGGGUGGCCUGUAUGGACACAGACCUGAACCCCUAUGGAGAUGAGAGGUGUGGGCCCCAAGCCAGACCCCCCAGUGUGGACACCUGUAACACACAGGCCUGCCCUGGAACUCAGGUGAUACCCAGUGUGCAGGACCCAAGAGGACAACAGACCACCAUGAGAGGAUUUAUGCCUUAUGUCCCUGGGGAGCCAUCCGUCCACAGGCCACACGACAACACAGUCUACGACCCUUACACCACCUCUGUGGUUGGUCCUCACUGCUACCAAUCAUAUUAUGGCUGCUGCCCUGACGGCCACACCUCCGCCACUGGGAGGGGCCGGAGGGUGAGGGCCAACUAG